UUGGAGGCUCAGCUUGAUGUGGAUUUCGCAGAAGUUUAUGCCAAUUCCACCCUUUAUGAGAGAAAUCAACAACUUAUCAAAGAAUUAAGCACGCCGGCACAAGAUUCGCAAGACCUUCACUUUCCUACGGAAUAUUCUCAAGAUUUUAUUACUCAAUGCAAAGCGUGUUUCUGGAAACAACAUUGGUCAUACUGGAGGAACCCGAAAUAUAAUGCAAUCCGGUUAUUUACAACUACAGUCAUUGGUGUUUUAUUUGGGGUUAUCUUUUGGAACAAAGGAGACAAAGUGUCUAAACAACAAGACUUGCAGAAUCUGCUUGGAGCUAUGUACGCUGCUACUCUUUUUCUUGGAGCGGGUAAUGCAUCUUCUGUUCAGUCUAUUGUGGCAGUUGAGAAGACUGUUUUCUAUCGUGAAAGAGCUGCGGGAAUGUACUCAGCAUUGCCUUACGCAUUUGCACAGGUGGCCAUCGAAGUGAUCUACGUAUUUGUUCAAACCUUAAUUUACUCUCUUAUCCUUUUCUCUAUGAUUGGAUUUCCUUGGAGCGCUGCCAAGUUCCUUUACUUCUUCUACUUCAUGUUCAUGUGCUUUACCUACUUCACAAUGUACGGAAUGAUGACAGUGGCAAUGACUCCAGCGCCUGAAAUUGCUGCCAUCGCUAUGUCCUUCUUUUUAGGUUUAUGGAAUUUGUUUUCUGGAUUCCUCAUUCCUAGGCCGCAAAUCCCAAUAUGGUGGCGAUGGUACUACUGGGCUUCACCUGUUGCUUGGACUCUCUAUGGUCAAGUGAUAUCUCAGGUCGGCGACAGGACAAACGAGUUGCAGAUUCCAGGGUUGCCAAUCAAUCCAACAGUGCAGAAGUACUUGCAAGAAAGUUACGGCUGGGAAUAUGGCUUCCUUAAAUGGGUUGUCUUAGCCCAUAUCGGGUUUGUCCUUGCUUUCUUCUUUGUCUUUGCUUAUGGAAUCAAGUACCUCAAUUUCCAAAGAAGAUGAUGAAUGGACUUAAAGCUCGAACAUCUCUUUAGUACGUCUCGUUAAUAUUUCGUAAAGUUGAUCGAUUUUGUAUUUAAAUUGGAAUGUAUACGAGUUUAUCUCAAGUUAGAAGAGAAGAAAUUGCAUAUAUCUGUAGUUUGAUUGUAAUCUGUAUUGCUAGCGAAAGAGGAACGUGUAGAUUAUUACGAAUAAAAAACUGCCACUGCUGUGUUUAUAAACAAAA